GAAGCAUUAACAAUGGAAUCCGCAGUCGGCAUAUGUUACCCGGAGAUGUGGAUAAUGAUUAAAUAUGAUGGCCAAUGGGUGUCAGAUACUUUGUUCUCUAGUAUUCAUGUUGCCGCCAUAACUAUUCCAUUGAACUGUACGUUUCAAUCUCUAUAUUCUUGUGUUUGCAAUGCUAUGGGUGAGAACUAUGCCAGGAAGAAUAUUAAGAUCUCAUACGUUUUUGCUACGUGCCCACCUCCCAUGAAUGUAUGUGAUGAUGCUAGUCUACUAUUUUAUCUACAAUUGAAGAGUUUUCAAAAGGACCCGAUGCAAAUGCUGUUGUGUGUUGAAUUUGUAUGUGAUUCUACGACCGGAGAGGAACAAAGCAUCACAGUAUGUGAUGAUAUCCACAAUUCAAGUGGAAUUAACCACCCGAGUAAUCCGGAAGAACGUGGUGACAUUAGUGAAGAAGACAAUAAUUU